AUGUCACAGUCUCGGGGAAAAUACUAUGAAUUUAAAGCCAUGCACGGCUUUGUAACCAUGAAUUUUGCACCAGCUCAAAAGGUGCCAAGCAAGGAAACGAUAAAGAGUGCCAUCGAACAAUGGUGCUCCACGAAGAAGAAGCGAGCUCACAUUAAAUAUAUUGCCAUUGGAAAGACUACACAGGGAGCUAACAAACAUAUACACGCCUUCUUCGAGCUAGAAGAAGUAGCUCACACCAGAAAAAAGCCCUUCAUAAUUAUAGACGGGAUUUUACAAUUCCUGAAAUUCGAAAAAAUAACUGAAAACAAAAACUACGAUGGCUCGUUCAAUGCCAUUAUCGAAUAUUUAAAAAGACAGAAAGAAAGGCAUCCAAACGACAGAGCCAUAUUCGAAGAGAUAGGAAAGCUGGAAAGAAACAGAGGACGUCUGGGAGAUGUUGAUCUAGGUCGAGCUUUAAAAAUGCCAGACUUAGAAGAAGCCCAUGCAUUCUUAAAAAAUAUCAGCUUAAAAGGAUACAUGAAUAAUGUAUCUAAGUUUGAUAGUGUGUGGGCUCAAGAACACAGUAGAGACACUCCCAAUAGAAUAAGAAUAAAACUCCAACCAUGGAAGGAAGAUAAUCCAGUGGUUAAAAACAGUAGAAUAUGGCUCAAUUCAGCACUCAGCAGAAGAACCAAAAGAAUCAAAACAUUGGUAAUUGUGAGUGAUACUAAAAUGGGGAAGACUGAAUUUGUUAAUGAUUUAUUAAAAGACUUAAAAGUUGACGAGUUUAGAGGCAGGUUCAUGAUGGAUGGGCAUAACGAGAGUCUAAAAUAUGACAUUAGACUGUUUGAUGAUGCCAAUCUCAACGAUAUCAUAUGGCCAGAAUUUAAAUCAUUGAUUAGUACCAGAGGAGAACAGAUUACAAUUAAUGUGAAAUAUUCACACGCCAGAGUUACAUCAAUUCCAACAAUACUAGUACUUAAUCCAGGAAGUUGGAAAGCACUCCAACAAACGGCAAAAGAAUACGAAGACUUUGACUGGCUAGAAAAGAAUUCAGUGGUACUUUUCACUAAAGAGAAACUAUUCAAGGAGCCACCACCUAAACCACAAGUAGAACAAGAUAAGAAUAAAUAUGAUGGUUUAGAUCCAAAACUAGUAGAAAUGUUACUAGAAAAUGAAGUAGAAGAAGACAUCGAAUUAGAUGAUAUGGGAGAUGACACAGUAGAUGAUUUAGAUGAUGCAGUAUACCAACUAGAACAAGAGAGUCUACCUCCUCCUAUAGUAUUAGAUCAGCCAUUAGAAGAAGUACCAUCAAAAAGAGUAGCUGUAGAUGAUCACGAAAUGCAGAAGAGAUUCUUUGACUUAACGAAGAACGUAAUAAAUGAAGAAGGAAAUAAUAAAUACAUCACUGUACAAAGUGAAAGAAAAUAA